GAAUGAUAAAAUGGGGUCUGGUACUGGCUUUGAUCAUGAUGAUCACUGGGACAAUUAACACAAUUUCUGCUAAGUUUGCAGACGUGUCCGCAAGUUAUGGUGCUGACAAAUGUGAAUCCUUUAGGCGCACUUUCUACCAUCCCUUCUUUCAAGCGAUACUGAUGUUUAUUGGGGAGUCAGGGUGUUUGGUUGUCUAUCAUCUAACAGUAGUGGUAGCUAAACGCAAAGGAGAAGAACCUCAAGUAGCGGGAGAGGGUUUCAAACCUUACUUUUUGCUGGUUCCCGCACUUUGCGAUCUCACUGCAACCAGCAUGUUGUAUCUGGGGCUGAGCCUCACGUACGCCAGUGUAGCUCAAAUGAUGAGAGGAGCUGUGAUAAUAUUUACCGGACUACUAGCUAGGGUAGCUCUAAAACAGAGGUUUGAGAGACACAAUGUGUUGGGAAUGUUCAUUAUUGUCAUCGGACUAAUCUACGUGGGGCUCUCUCAGACCUUACACUUCCCUGGAGACUCAGCAGCCGCAGCCGCUGGAAAUAAGGACGCUAGAAGCCCUAUGAUAGGAUCUGUGUUGAUCCUAGCUGCUCAACUGAUAGUCGCCAUUCAGAUGAUAACGGAGCAGAAGUAUAUCAGUCAGUAUGACGUACCCGCUUUGCAGGUUGUGGGGUGGGAGGGGACCUGGGGUCUGAUAUCAUCGCUCUUACUAAACCUUAUCUUUUACUACAUCCCUCAAUUCCCUCAACAGAUUAGUUCUGUUAUCUCUGAUUUUAACCAGGACGCAAGUGUCAACAUGAGUGAUCCUUACUGCAACGAGAGCAACAUUAAGGAUGUACUUAAUCAUCUGGAGAACCCUAUAGAUGGUCUGCUGCAGGUAAUACACAGUAAACAACUGAUACUGGCCUCGGUGGGCCUCAUCCUGAGUAUCGCUGUGUUUAACUGGUCGGGUGUGAGCGUCACCACCUAUCUCAAUGCUACUACCCGCAUGAUCAUUGAUUCCCUGAGGACGAUCCUAGUUUGGGGGUUUGGGCUAUGUGUGGGGUGGGAGAACACAAACCCUCGUCGUAUUGGGUACGAGCUUGCUGGGUUCGUGCUACUUCUCAUGGGAACAUUCAUCUACAAAGAUAUUAUAAUAGCUCCAGCGUUACUAAAAGUGGAGCAGUGGUGGCUGACACGCGGCAGAGAUGGUCACGAGACCUUGAUAAACCCUGAGGAUGGUUCUGCUUCUCUCGGUACUUCCAUACAAGCCAGACGCCAGUAACACUGAUGGGAAGGUCAUAAUAAUCGGGACAUGGUGAACUUCAAAUAGUUUUCAUAUUGUGAUGUAUCUAUAUGGAGGAUUCUGUAUGAUUUUUCUUUCCUAAUUAUCUUGAUUAUUUUCAAUAGCUUUGGCUGAUGACAGGUAAUUUAUACUUAUUGGUGUUUGACUGUGUUGAGAUAAACUAGAUUAUACUGAUUUUACUUUGAUCACUUAUUUUGUACCGAUGGUUGUUAAACCAUGACUUAAAGCUUGGUUGUGUAGUACUGGUAGUUUGGUUGUGUAGUACUGUUAGUUUGGUUGUGUAGUACUGGUAGUUUGGUUGUGUAGUACUGGUAGUUUGCUAGGAUAUUAAAACUUAUAAAUGUUUACUGUGUAAACUACACAGUAGGUAGAAACUGUAAUAUACUCAAUUAUUUUAGCGUGUAAUUGUCUCAUAAUUGGUUAAUUGUGCGAAUUAAAGUGCUUUAAAUAAUGAACGUUUUCAAUGAUAAUGUUGUUAAUUUUGAGUAUUUUUGUUCAAUAUUUGUAUUGUAUCUAAACAGUUUUGUUGCUAAAGCUAAAGUUGUUA